CUUGCGUUUUCAAGUAUCCUCGAGCUUCCAUCGUUUGGAAGUUUUUACCUCAUGCUUAUUCAAUGACUACAUUGACUGGCAAUCUUGAUCCGGUUACACCUAGAAACCAUUCCAUCCUUAACAGCCGUUGUUCAAAAGACCCAUCUCCACGUUCCAAUAUGCCACCUUCUAGCCUUUCAUCUUCAACUCAUCUUCACAAACCGCAUAAAGCUUUGCCAAGUAUACCUUCCUCCAUAGAUAUUCCGCUUGACUUACCUACGACACCCUCCAUACCAAGCGAUGAACAAGUCGACACUAUCACCGACAAAAUACUUCAUUUGAAUGUAAACGACAUAGAGCAUGGACACUCUGCUGCUAUCAUACAUCCGGGUUGUCCAACACUUUCUGAUGUAUUGUCUCGACCUUUCCACAAUGACGAUGUUAUAGUCGAUUAUUCAGCAACCCCCAUGACCCAUAAAUGGUCCGCUCUAGAUAACCAGCCUAUAUCCUUCCAUUCCGAAGACGUUGAUGCAUUCUUAGCCUAUCCGUCUAUUCCUAUGGCUCCUGAAUCUUGGAAAUCUAAUGGCUUGGAGUCGCUCGGACAAUAUCUAUCAAAUUCCACUUUUGAUGACAAAGACACCAUUAAUAGUAUGGUGUCUUUACCACCAGAUUCCACUGACCAUUAUGCUUGGCUAAAUACACAUACCAAGCCAUCUGUUCGUCAUAUCCUUCCUCUUCCAGUCCCAAAGUGGCGAAGGAAAGAUAGAAAGUCAGCCAUACAAAAUAAUUCGUUACUCGGCCCAUCCCGCAUACGUGCAGCUAAAAAUUGUAUCGCUAGCCCAGACCGAGCUGCUCGCAUGGUGUUAGCGACUUUAAAAGCCGAUCAGAGCAAGCCUGGCGAAUCAGUCAUAUCCGAAAUAAUAGACUCAACUCAUUUGUCAGUUAAUGACCUAGCGCCUCAUCGCGACAAAAUCAAAAAGAUGAAGCGAACCAUAGGAAGCGAUGAAGUCAAAAGUGAUAUGGAAGAGCGACGGCCGCAUAUUUCGAACGGAUCUCGACGACGGCUUAGGCACCAACAAAGAUAUACCAACAACAUACAUGACUUUAGCACAGAGCAACAGCAGAAACUCAACGAGGUCCGGUUACCCGAGUCUGCUUUUGACUUUUCUUGCCCAUUUCAACCUAGAGAAUUGGAUCCGCUACCCACUGAUGCACCCCCAUCUACAAUUGGCUUGGUGAAGUGCUUGAAGAAUAUCCCAAUACCCUUCCAUUCUACGACGUAUAAUAUCAACCGCCAACUAAAACCACUAACCAACCAAUCCGACAAGCAGGCCAUAUCCACCACCACCGUCAUGCCAGCACGCCAAACACAACUUUUUCCUCCAACAGGUCAGAAACAAAAGGCGAGCUUCAACUCGUCUCGAAACGAUGCUCGCGGAUUUGACGAAUUACCACCAACAGCUACCUCCAUGACCCCAAAAGGUACCCGUCCUCGAAGAAAUAAGAAAUCUUCUCAGGCUGCUCGUGCAUCUGGGCAUGGAAAAGAUACCAAUACCACGUCAAGGACCGUUAGAGCUACGGAAUUACUACCUUCGUCAUCAUUAUUGUUCGAUUAUGGUACAUCAGAGGAAUGGAUGUGCUGGUUUUGCGAAUUUGAAGUCUUUGUGAGAGGCUUUGUAGCGGCCAGACGGAGAGGCGGAUGGUACAAGCGACGAAGAGAACGAAAUCGCAGGUUACGGGAAAUAGAAGCUCGACAGAAUAACGAAUUAAUAUCUUCGAGUAGCUCAGACCUUGACGAAAUAGAUAAUCCUUCAUAGAUAAUACAUAUAGUGUCUCGAUUUACAAACUGCAAACCUUUCAGGUAAUUUGAGAUAGAACAAGCGGUAUAACAGACUUUGGCGGCAUUGUCAUCUGGGGUUGCAGCUUGUACUGAACAUUCAGUGCCUAUUAGCGCAUUGUAUCUACACAUGAUGAUACCAAAGCCUAAGGUUGCGUAUAUUUGUCAGGAAGUCCUCGUGAGGAGUUGGACAAGUGAUAGAAAAGUACUAGUAAACAACGAUAGGAGCCCGAUUUAUCCUUUUAAAACCAGCAAUGCUUAAUUUAUG